CAGCUUAAACUUCUAAGCCUUCCCCGGUGCCAGUACUACAGAGCAGCAUACAGGAAUGGCGUCCCUGAAGGCCGUCAAGCCCGCCGUACUUGCAGGGCAGGCCAAGGAGCCUGCCAAGCUCAGUGCCACGGCGUCCAAGCCAGCAGCCACCAAGGAGCCAGCAAAGCUCAGUGCCACGGCGACCAAGCCAGUAGCCGCCAAGGGUGGCAUCAAGAAGGCUGACUCGAAGCCCAGGGAGACUAAGAAGAGGCAGGUGAAGAGCAGCAGGCCAGCAGCAGCAAAAAACUGAAAACGGCAGCAGGAGAAAUGGAGCU